CACCCGUCAAGAGAGUCACAAAAAAAAGUUUUUUCUUUAUUCUUCUUUAUAUAUCAUUCACAGCUGGACGUCGAAAAGCAUACAUGUGUUCGCCAAUAUCAGAGGCCUCUUUCCGAGCGCGCCUUCCAUUUCUAUUUCAGAAAGUGGAUCUGGAAUAGCAACGGUCUUCUCACCACCACUACCAUCAUCACCACACACCCACACACAUACACAUACAGACCCGCCUCAACUCAAAUUUCUCUAGCGGCAAAUCCUGGACGACUUCUUCUCGUCUUUCCUCCUCUCUCGGCCUCUGGGCUAUUCCGAUUCCCGUAUUCCUUCGCCUUGACCUGGUCUGGGAAAGUUUCUGCCUCGCGCCCCUCUCUCAUCUCUUUCGCUUUCUGGUCCACACCCUCUCGCAAACAUCUCGACCAUUCAGCAUCCUUCCACAAGAAUAAAAGGGUGGAAGGGGGAAGGCAUCCAGUCACAGAAACUAAGGUGUCUUCCCUUGGCCUAGCUACCGCUCAAAACCCCAAUUCACAGGUGAUUGGAUACUUUUUUUUCUCUCUUCUUCUUUUGACUGCUUCAACACCACUCGGUCGUUGCCCAUCAUUGCUCCUUGGGGCAUGGCAGAGAUGA